AUGCCAGCCAUAUAUGGCGAAGGCAAAGCCCGAGCCAACAGGCGCCUUCUUGCUGCAAUAUCUAGUGAGAAUAAAGCCGAUCUUGGGGCACUUCCGUUUGCUGCAGAAGCGUCUUACGACUCUUUUGCGGAACGCAGUUUCGCACAAUGCCUCGAGGGCACCCGCAUCCAUCUACUCAAUGAAAUCUACCAAUGGGCUGAUAAUGCGAAUGGCAGGCGUAUUUUCUGGUUGUGCGGUAAGGCGGGCACAGGAAAGUCGACUAUUUCCCGCACAAUCGCACGCAGAUUCGAUAAAGAACAAGGAUGCCUUGGGGCGACUUUUUUCUUCAAACGAGGUGAAGCAGAUCGAGGGAGCGCACGGCGCUUUUUCCCGACGUUGGCAAAGCAACUGGUCCAGAGGGUCCCAAGAAUGGACUAUGCGAUUGCGGACGCCUUAAAGAACGACAUCUGCACGAAAAAUUUGAACGAACAGUUCGAGCACUUGCUUUUGAGGCCACUAGCCGGUUUGCAUGGCAUUGAUCAUCUGCGAAAGACUCUGAUUCUUAUUAUCGAUGCUAUGGAUGAAUGCGAGCAUAGCAGCGAUAUUAGCUUGAUCUUGACACUCUUGGCUCGAGCAGCAGCAAUUACCUCAAUCCGUCUGUGUGUGUUUGUGACGAGCCGGCCAGAGCUUCCAGUUCAGCUUGGGUUUUGGAAGAUAGAUAGAGAUUUGCAUCAGGACGUAGUGCUCGAGGAGGCCCAAGAAACGACCAUCGCUCACGACAUCCGGGCUUAUCUCCAACACCGGUUCGACGAGAUCAAGGAGGAAGAUUGGCUGUCGACAACGUGUGAUCCGCUGCCUGCAGAUUGGCCAGGAACUUCUAGCAUCCAGGCACUUGUUGACUUGGCAGUACCUCUUUUCGUCUUCGCAGUUACGAUGUGCCGCUUUAUAGCCGAAGCGGACCCACAGGCGCGUCUUGCGGCUCUUUUGCGGCAAGAAAGUCUCUCUUCGUUUUCGGGGUUAGAGAAAACCUAUCUCCCGAUCCUGGAACAAAUGAUACGAGGCAAAGACAGUGAAGAAGAAGCGCAAGCGCUCGCGGGGUUCCGGGACAUCGUUGGAUCUAUCGUACUGCUUGCGGAACCAUUGUCCAUUCACUCAUUGAGCCGUCUUCUCCAGAUCCCGCCGAGGAACAUUGGUCAGAGGCUUAAACAGCUGAACUCUGUGCUCAGCAUUCCAAGCAACCCCUUCACCCCGAUUCGACUGUUUCACCUCUCAUUUAGCGACUUUCUAGUCGAUAUACGCGAGGGCAAGACGAACAAGUUCAGAGUUGACAAGGUCCACAAUCAUCGAAAGCUUGCCGCAAAGUGUCUUCGCAUGUUGAGCGAGCAAGGCGCACUGCAUCAGGAUCUCUGCAACGCCAGGAGCCCUAGGACACGCCGGACUGAAUUCGGGAAGCAGGAAGUGGCGCAUAUUAUUACAGCAGACGUGGCGUAUGCGUGCUGCUAUUGGGUGUGGCAUUCGGUGGAGGGGCGAGAGAUGUUGUGCAACGACAGUCAAGUACAUGUAUUCUUGAAGGUGCACUUUUUGCAUUGGCUGGAAGCGCUCAGCUGGCUUGGCCGACUGUCGUGGGUAAUUGCUUAUAUGCGCGAGCUACAGACUCAUGUGGAUGUCGACCAAGGAGAUCGUCUAUUCGCGUUUCUCGACGACGCAAUACGAUUUGUACUUCGAAAUCGACACAUAAUCGACCUCGCACCUUUGCAAACAUAUUGUUCAGCACUAGUAUUCGCGCCGAAGCAAAGCGUAGUGCGACGACAGUUCCAACAGUAUAUCCCUAGGUGGCUGAGUCUGCUUCCCCGAGUACCCUCGGUAUGGAGCCUAGAAACUCAGAGGCUUGAAGGACAUAGUGAGGGAGUCACAGCAAUAGCCUUCUCUUCGAACCUGAACACCAUAGUAUCAGCUUCAAACGACAAAACGGUUCGCCUAUGGGAUACUCUUACGGGUGAGGAGACGCAGAAGCUCGAAGGGCAUAAGAGCUAUGUUAAUACAGUAGCCGUAUCCGCGAAUGGGCAGAUAGUAGCAUCAGGGUCACAUGAUAAAACCGUACGUCUCUGGGAUACUCUUACGGGCAAGGAAACGCAGAGGCUCGCGGGGCACGAUAGCUGGGUAACUGCAGUCGCCCUCUCUCCGGACAAUCAAAUAAUAGCAUCAGGAUCAUAUGAUGGGACAGUAAGGCUCUGGAAUACUCGAACAGGCGAGCAGACUCAAAGGCUCGGCCAUGAUGACUGCGUUACAGCAGUAGCAUUUUGUCCAGAAGGAAAGGUAGUAGCAUCGGGCUCAUUUGACAAGACAGUUCGUCUGUGGAAUACGUUAACAGGCCUGGAGAGGCAGAAAUUCGAAGGGCAUAAUGGCGACAUUAAUGCAGUAGCCUUCUCACCAUGCGGGCAGCUAGUGGCAUCAGGAUCAGACGACGAGACGAUACGGCUAUGGAAUACUCUAACAGGCAAGAUGCAGAAUCUCGAGGGACACGAAAGUAAAGUGAAAACAGUAGUCUUCUCUCCAGACGGGACGAUGAUAGCAUCAGGGUCAAACGACAAGACGGUACGGCUAUGGAAUAUUGUGACAGGCGAGACACAGACGCUCGAGGGACACGAUAGUACAGUUACUGCAGUGACCUUCUCUUCAGGCGGGCAUAUGGUAGUAUCUGGGUCACAUGACAAGACAAUUCGGCUAUGGAACGCUCGAAAAGGCAAGGAAACGCAAGAGCUGAAGGUGACGCAAAGGCUCGGAGGCCACGACGACUCUGUUACAGCGAUAGCCUUGUCCCCCGAUGGCCUUAUAGCAGUAUCAGGUUCAGUUGACAAGACAGUACGGGUAUGGAACACCCGUACAGGCAAGGAGCUACAGAAGCUCGAAGGCCAUAGUAACUCUAUUACAUCAGUAACGUUCUCUCGGGACGGCCAAACUGUAGCAUCGGGAUCAGGUGACGGAACAGUACGACUAUGGAGCGACUUCACUAGUACGAGCCAGAACAUACAGAAGCUCGAAGGCCACGAUGACAUCGUUACAGCGGUGGCCUUUUCUCCGGACGGGCAAAUGGUAGCAUCAGGAUCAUUUGAUCACACAGUGCGGGUAUGGAAUGCUCGUACAGGCCAAGAGAUCCGCCAAUUCCAACACGAUGGACGUGUAGACCAGCUAGCCUUCGACGAACACGCAGCAUGUUUGCGGACCAACAUGUGCACCUUCGAUACUCCUCCCUACAUCGCUUAUCCACGAACGAUACGCACACUUCCCACUAGCUGUGUAGCCUUCCAGGACCCCUGGAUACAGUGUAAAGCCGAAGAAGUUCUUUGGCUGCCACACGAGUAUCGUGGAGUCAAUUCGGCAGUGUACGGCAACCUGCUUGUUAUAGGUCAAGCAUCUGGGACUGUGUCCUUCUUUCGCAUUGAUGGUAAUGUUUCGAGAGUUUCAAUGUCGGAAAGCGCAGCGAAAACAGAGUUGAACGGUGACUGCAGUCAAGAUCGUGGCUAA